CGUUUAGCCCACCUCAAUUAGAUUCAAAAUGGCCCUCGCAAACAUGCUGUCCCGCAAGGCGGGCUUCGCCACCUCCCGCACCAGCGCUCCUUUUGUGGCCAGCCGCGUUAGCCCCGUGGCGGCCAAGGCUCGCGUUUCCUCCGCUGCCCCCUCUUUCAGCCGCCAGCAGCAGUCUAUUGUGUGCCAGGCGGCCGCCACCGCUGAGGUCGCGGAGAAGAAGGUGCACCCCUCGCCCCUGACCAUUGCUGCCCCGGCGACCUACGCGAUUGUGGAGAUUGGCGGCACCCAGAUGUUUGUGGAGCCCGGCAAGUGGUACACCUGCAACCGCCUGAAGGUGGACGUGGGCAGCAAGAUUAAGUUCGGCCGCGUUCUGGCCCUGAAGCACGAGGGCAAGCUGACCGUCGGCAAGCCUUACCUGGAGAACGUUGCUGUGGAGGCUGAGGUUAUUGAGGAGCUGCGCGGGCCAAAGGUUAUCGUCUACAAGAUGCGCCCCAAGAAGCACUACCGCAAGAAGCAGGGCCACCGCCAGGACCUGAGCAAGUUCAUGGUGACCUCGAUCUCUGCUUAAAUGCGUCUCGAGGCCCAGCGGGCUUGACAGCAGUGGAGCAAUUUGUGGCUGAACCGGAAGGCAGAAUUCUCGGCGGUGCUGGGCGCUCGCUGGCGGACUAGCAGCUUGGAAGCAGCGUACCAGGGUGCAGCUUUGCAGCGGACUUGGGCUCGAGGCUGACACUGCCAUUUUCCAGGAGGCAGUUGCUCAGCCCGCCGUGCCCCGUGUGGCACAGCCUGCCGCACGGGGGCGGUGCCGGCAAUGCAACACCGGAGGAGGCUCUUGGAGGCGAUAGCAGCCGGCUCAGAUGGACGGAGCUGGGGCAGGUUAUAGGCGAGGAUGCGGUGGCGCGGGCAGCGCCGUGCGGGGGGUGAAGACUGCCGCGUGGAGUAAAUAGGCCACGGGGGUGGCGGUCUAGGUAUGUGUCGCGUUUUUGGACUGGGGUAAUGGCGUUGGAGGUGCGGGUGCAUGUCCUGCUCCGGUGCAGUUGGGACAUAGUGUGAAUGUAAAUCAUGAAAUGACG